CUCCACCUUACAAAAUACUUUUUCCGAUCCCUCUUCUAUAGCCACAAACAGGCUUUUGCCGAAGAAUUCGGCUGUGGCUAGAGUCUUGACAUCAUACAUUCCGAGGCUUCAAACUGCCUCCAUUCACGCGAGGUAUAAUAGAGUUUCAAGUCAUGCAGGUCAAGUAAGCCGAUAACUGCAGCUUAUAAUGGGAAAACCACGUGUUAUAUACUGGUUUCGGACGGAUCUCCGGCUCCACGAUUCUCCUGCCUUAAAAGCAGCUCUUGACUUGGAUCCGGCUGUUUUGUGGCCGAUCUUUACUUGGGAUCCUCACUAUGUAUACCGAGUUAAGGGGGGAGUAAAUCGGUGGCAGUACCUGUAAGGUGUAGUCUUGCGAUAGUUACCUAGACCGACUACUAAUGCUGCCAGACUUGAUUGCCAGGCUGACCUUUCAAAAUCUAUUUCGAAACUUAAUAAUAAGUCAAAGCUUUUCGUUCUUCGCGAAGCUCCGCAGACACUCUUCCCCAAGAUUUUCAAGGCAUGGAAAGUGACACAUCUUGUAUUCGAAAAGGAUACGGAUCCUUAUGCCCGGGAGCGAGACAAGACUGUAGUAGCUUUGGCCAAAAAACUCGGCAUUCAUGUGAUUUUUCGGUAUGGACGCACAUUAUGGGAUAGCGACGAAGUUGUCGCUAAGAAUGGAGGGAAACCAACUAUGUCUAUCACUCAACUCCAGGCCGCCGGACGAAAAGUUGGGGAGAUACCUCGGCCUAUACCAGCACCGACGUAUCUACCAGGACCGGACGAAAUGCCUGUCGAUUUUGAGCAGGACAGGCCAGAGACAGAACCAGAUCUGAAUGCUUCGUAUCGCGCCAAGGCCGACAAUACAUAUUCAAAUAUUGCAGGACCUAAAGGCGACUUCGCCAUUGCUACUCUUGAGGAGCUUGGUUUCUCCGUACCAGCUACCACACCGCAUCGCGGCGGUGAGAGCAUCGCUCUGAAGAGGUUAGAGGAUAUAUUCUUGAAUGAGGAGUAUGCCGCUACCUUCCAAAAACCGAACACCAGUCCGACCGCAUUCGAGCCACAGUCAACAACCCUUUUAUCACCAAUGCUUCAUUUUGGGGCUCUUUCCCCGCGCCUCUUCUAUUGGAAAGCACAAGAUCUGGCCGAAAAAUAUUUUCAAUGGGCAUCCAAACCCCCUGAAAGCUUGACAGGUCAGCUGCUGUUUCGCGACAUGUUCUUCGCAGCCCAAGCUGCAAUUGGGUCUCCUUUUGCCCAGACGCUCGAUAACGCGUACUGUCGAUUCAUCCCCUGGCAUCUACCUUCAAAGGUAGGGACCAAGGAAAUAGGGGAUGGCGCAAUUAGUGGUGAGUAUCAUAUAGAUUCACCACUAGCAGAGACGUGGUUCAAACGGUGGAAGCUUGGCAUGACAGGUUUCCCGUUCGUUGACGCCCUUAUGCGACAACUACGUGCUGAAGGUUGGAUCCACCACCUAGGCCGUCACAUGGUAGCUUGUUUCCUCACUAGAGGCGGAUGUUAUGUACAUUGGGAACGCGGGGCGGAGGUAUUCGAAGAGUUGUUGAUCGACCACGAGCCGGCCUGCAAUGCUGGUAACUGGCAGUGGGUCAGCUGUUCUGCGUUUUACUCGCAACACUUUCGCUGCUACAGCCCCGUUGCGUUUGGGCAGAGGUGGGACAAGGAGGGCGAGUUCAUACGGAAGUGGGUUCCGGAGUUGAAGGACUUAGACAAGAAGUUCAUAUACGAGCCAUGGACGGCCUGGAAGACGACCCUUAGCGAAGCAGGUGUAAAAAUUGAAGGAGAUGGUCUUCAUGGGCAAAUAGAUGGGACAUACCCGGCUCCGAUGUUUAACUUCAAAGAGAGAAGAAGUGUCUGUAUUGCCGCGAUGAAGAGGGCUUAUUCUAUUGGCCUCCACGGGGAUGAUGAUAAAAUGAAAAAUGGGGCUUGGAAAAAGUUAUUUGAUGAAGCGGGAGAGACAGAGAUGGAAGGUUCAAUAUUUAGGUGGAAACCACGACAACUUAUAAGAAGCCAGAGUACGGUACCCGAGGAAGGACCGAUGGAUAGAUAUGUUAAGAAGGUUAAGAGGUGAUGAAUUUUACAGUACCUAGUAGUACAUGUAGGAAGUCGUUUUUGGUGUUCUAGAUCAUCUCUACUUACACAACCUCCGAAACACCUACACUUGUAUUUGCACGUAUAUCUGAAUACAUCCUGUCUUUGAUGGACAUAUCUUUGGGAAAUCAAACAUUUGUAAUCGAAGUUUCUCGAUUACGUUGAAUGUGACCUCAGUGCCUGACUCAAUUACUGGUACCUGGUAGGUGGUGUGUUGUAAUCAUAACUUGGAUUGAAGCUUCCCC